AUGAAUCAUCAUCAUCAAUCUUCUUAUACUGUUAACUGCAGCAAUGAUAGCAAUAAUAAUAAUAACAUGGCUUCUUCAACAGCUUGUUCUUUCAGUUUCAACCCAUCUGAGUCACAGCAGCAGCAUCAAUACUUCUCCCAAUCUUACCAAAACCCCUUCUUUUACACCCAAUCAACGUCUUCUUCUUCUUCUUCCAAACACCAUGAUGCUGAUUUUCCUCCUCAUGAUGCCACCACACACCACUUAUUCAUGGACUCCGGCUCUUAUUCUCAUGAUCAAAAGGACUAUAGGCAUAUUCAUGGAAUGAGGGAGGAUGUGGAUGAAAGAGCUUUCUUUCCAGAAGCUUCUGGUUCAGCCAGGAGCUACCUUCAUGACUCAUAUCAGCACCAUCACCAACAACAACAACAACAACAGCAGCAUCUAUCAAUGGGUUCCUACAAGAACUACUCAUCAAAUUCCCAUUUCCAAAUCAUGAACAACAAUAAUAAUAACGACGAUCCAAGAAACCAAGAGCAACAUUGCUUUGUGUUGGGGACAGACUUCAAAUCAACGAGCAAAGAGAAAGACAACACUGAGAAAACAACAUCAACAACACAGCAAAGACCCCUUCACCACUUCUUUGGUCAAUGA